UAGACACAUCUACAAAGAAGAAGGAUAGGAUAUGGAGAUCAUGUUGAAGGCAAAGCAAAUCAUGAAAAGAGUCACUGAUAACUUAGUCCACACAGUCAUUAUGCACAGAGACAUUAUGUCAAAGAUAAAUAAAAUGAAUAAUGUCAGUAGUAAGAAGGUAACCAUUGGGAUUUUUGGAAAAUCAGGAGAAGGGAAGAGCUCCCUAUUAAGUGCAGUCCUGGGGAAAAAGUAUCUACUGCCAUCUGGUAGUUUUGGUGCCUGUACAGCCGUUGUUACUCAGGUGGAAGCCAAUCUAACUGACUCCAACUACACAGCAGAGAUUGAACUCUUCUCUAAAGAGGAGUGGGAGAAAGAGCUCAAAGAUCUUUUCAGAGUUUUGUCUGAUGAAAGUGAGGACAGGAAUGAUGACUUGUUGGAAAUUGCUGUAGAAAAGAUCACUGCACUGUAUGGAGCUGAUGCAGACAAGAAAACAUUAGAAGAGCUAAAAAAUUAUGACAAAUUUCCUGAGAUUGAGACCUUUUUGUCUAUCAAUAAGAAAACAAUCUCAAACAAUGAUGUCUCUGAAUUUUCCAAUGAUGUUGCAUCUUACAUACAGCACAGUGAGGCCAGUCCUGGUGGCUGGUACUGGCCGCUUGUGAAGAGUGUGACUUUUAAGGUUCCAGAUCGUUAUGAACUCCUGGAACACAUUGUGCUUGUUGAUAUUCCUGGCACUGGAGACUGUAACAAGUUAAGAGAUGACAAGUGGAAAUCUAAACUGAGAGAGUGCUCUUUUGUGUGGAUUGUAAGUGCUAUUAAUCGAGCAAGCACUGACAAAGACCCCUGGGGGAUUUUAAAGCACUGCAUUGAAGAACUGGGACCAGGAGGAGAAUGCAAAAGCAUCAACUUCAUCUGUACAAAGACAGAUGAUAUCGAUGCAACAGUCUAUAAAAGAUCUACACGGCUUCCUAUCUCAGGAGACAAGGAUCAGGAAAAAGUGUGUAUACUUCAUAGAAAUGAACAUGCCAAGAAAAGAGUCAAAGAAAAGUUUGAAAAUUCUGAAGUCAAGAAAAGAUUCAGCACUGAUGAUCAUUUUCUUAAUGUCUUCACUGUAAGUUCCAAUGCCUUCUUCGACCGUAAUUUAAAUAUGGAAUCUACUGAAACAGAAAUCCCAAAGCUACAGGAUUAUCUGAGGAUUCUUAACCAGAACAUUAACAGAGAUCUUACCAUAGAUUAUGUCAAUGAAGCAAAGGGAGUUUUGUCCUUGAUCCAAAGUGUCCAGCUGGAUACAGAGCAGAAAACGGUUGAAACAAAAGUCAAAGUCUACAUGGAAAAGAACCUAAAGAAGGCACUGAAUGAAUUGGACAGUCGUUUUGACACCAUUUAUACUGAUCUGGAGCAGUUUCUCUCAAAGGGAGUGGAUGAAUCAGUGCAAUUAUGCGUUGCAUCCACAAAAGCAGUUAUAGCCCCUAAUAUGGAUAAAAGAGGAUUCCAUAAAAUCCUUCAAGCUUUGUGCAAGAACGGUGGAUGCUAUUGGUCAAAAAAUUGGGAUGUAAUCAUAGAUCUGAACAGGCAAUUGACCAAACACUUGCACGAAUAUAUUAAUGAAUAUUUCAAUCAGAUUUUUCCUGUGACUGGAACAACAGGGAAAUCAGUGCAAGAACAGAUUGACAAGUUCAGUAUAAUCCAGAGUGACUCUGCUUCUCCUGGAUCUCCCAUAUUACAUCACAUUCAGAACUUCAUCAAAACAGAGGAAAUUAAUCUGAAGGCAUCGCUCAAAAGAGACGUUGUUGAUAGAAAGAAGGACAUCUACUCCUCAAUCCAAACAACCAUUGAGAAGGAAAUGUCUUCUUGCUAUGAACAAGCUGCAGCUGUGACUGGAAUCGGAUCCAUGAAGAAAAGGCAGGAACUGCUAAUAACCACAGUCGAUGAAAUAAAACAUGACAUGUUCAACAAGGCAAAAAUUGAAAUGCUUAAAAAUUUCAACAAUUUAAAGCUGCAGAUAAAGAAUGCUCUUGAAUCAGAACUAAAGAAAUCAAUGAAACUCUCACUGUCAAAAACCAGCAAUGUCAAAUUGAUGGAUGUCUCGAGAGAGAUCGAACAGCUGGAGAGACUUGCAGAGCAACUGUCAAACUGAGGUCAUCAAGCAACAAAAGGCCCAAAAGGUGAAGAAUUAACAGAUGAACAUACUGUAUGUAACACAUUUCAGUAAA